AUGGGGGACAAGAAAAAGGAGGAGGUCGACUUCGUGGUGGUGGGCGGCGGCACGGCGGGCGCGGUGGUGGCGGCGCGCCUGUCCGAGCGCCCCGACUUCAACGUCGUGCUCCUGGAGGCGGGCGGCUGCGAGCCGGCCUUCGCGCAGGUGCCCUCCUUCUACAUCUCGGACGGAGACGUGCGCCGCCUCCUAGACUGGGACUUCAAACUGGAGCCGCAGGCCGAGGCGUGCCUGGGCCACGAGGACGGCGUCUGCCACUGGCCGCGAGGCAAGGUGCUGGGCGGCACGUCCACCAUCAACGGCAUGAUGUACAUGCGCGGCAACCGCUGGGACUACGACCGCUGGGAGGCGGAGGGGCUGGCCGGCUGGGGCUGGCGCCACGUCCUGCCCUACUUCAAGAAGUCCGAGGACAACGCGGAGCUGGGGCAGAAGCACGUCGACGACGAGUACCACUCCCGCGGUGGGUACCUGACGGUGCAGCGUUUCCCGGACCAGCCACCGCUGGCGUGGGACAUCCUGGCGGGCGCCGCGGAGCUCGGCUUCCGCACCAACGUCGACCUGAACGGGCGCAACCAGACGGGCUUCACCGUCGCACAGGCCAACGUGCGCGACGGGCGCAGGCUGUCCCUGUCCAGGGCCUUCCUGCACCCGGCCAGGGACAGGCCUAACCUGCGGGUCAUCACGAACGCCAUGGUGGUGCGCGUGUCCAUGGACGGUGACCGUGCCCGGGGGGUCGUCUUCCACCGCGACGGCGCGCUGCACAAGCUGCGCGUGCGCAGGGAGGUGGUGCUGGCGGCCGGCGCCAUCCAGACCCCGCACCUGCUGCUGCUGUCGGGCGUGGGGCCCCGGCGGCACCUGGAGGACGUGGGCGUGCGCGUGGUCGCCGACUGCCCCGGCGUGGGCGGCAACCUCCAGAACCACAUCUCGUUCUCGGUGGACUUUGCCGUGGAGAGCAUCACCCCGGGCUCCAACCGCCUCGACAUGCCCGCCUUCGAGCAGUUCCUCAGCAACGGCACGGGGGCCAUGGCCUCCACGGGACUCUCUCAGCUCACGGGCUUCGUCCACAGCCGCUUUUCCGACGGGGUGGCCUCCGGUCUGCCGGACCUGCAAGUCUUCUUCGAGGGUUGCAUCGCCAAUUGCUCCAUCACGGGCUUGCCGGGAGAGCCGAGUCACCAGGGCGGCCCGAUGCCCUUCAGGAUGAUCCCGGUGGUACUUCGGCCCAAGAGCCGAGGCGAGGUGCGUCUGCGCAGCAGGGACCCCACCGCGCCGCCCAAGCUCACCGCCAACUACCUCCAGGACCGAUACGACGUGGACCUCCUCAUCGACGGAGUACGGUUCGUCCAAAGGCUGGCCAACACAUCCGCGCUGCGGCAGCACGGCGUUGCCCUGGUCAUGCCGGAGACCCCUGGUGGCUGCAGCGAGCUGGAGCCGGACUCGGACGCCUACUGGGAGUGCCUUAUCCGGCACCGCACCAACCCCGAGAACCACCAGUGCGGCUCGGCGCGCAUGGGGCCUGACGGAGACCCCGGCGCGGUCCUCGACGCGCGGCUGCAGGUCCGCGGGGUGCGCGGGCUGCGAGUGGCGGACGCGGCCGCCAUCCCGCACGUGGUGAGCGCCAACCUCAACGCGGCCGUGGUCAUGGUGGCCGAGCGGGCGGCAGACUUCAUCAAGCAGGACUACCCUGCCUGGGGCCUGGACAGGCGCCGCCCCACGGGCAGCCCCACGGGCCGCGGCCGGGGCAGCCUGCUCGACAGCCUGCUCAGCCUGGCGAGGAGUACGGGCGACUCGAGGUGAGACCAGGUCAUGCCAUGUCACCCUCCCCUUCGCCUACGUGCUGCAUGUGUGAUGUAAUUCAGGACAAAUGGCGUCUAGUCCGAGAGCUGUGGUGAGUCGUCCGUUAAGUACUUUACCCCUCGUCUGCUCAGAACCAAGAGAGUCACCCUAGGAUCAACGAAAGCCAUGUAGAAUGUAUAAAGUAGUGAAACAAAUUACUUGUAAAUGUAUAUGUGAAAAUAAUUUAUUUUGACAAGCUGAUGGAUAUGGCAGUCAUCUUACCAGAGCUUGGAAUAGCUAUGAACAGCCAUUACAAUUUCAAAUAAUUAUGUCUUAUGAUAUGCACACCAAUUGCAAGAAUAAAUUCAAGGAACUUUUAUCACAAAGCUAAAAAAAAAUUUGACCAUUCUAGAUUUUUCAGUAAUAUUACACAAUUGUUAUGCAAUUCUGUAGAAUAAUGCAAAAUAUAUGAUCGAUGAGUUAAAAAAUCUUAACAAUGAAAAUGCGUGGAAGAUUUUGCAACAUUUCUCAACAUUGAAACUGUUUGGGUUUCUAAAUUAAUUACGAUUAUGAUGAAAAAUGGUUCGUCAUCUGUUAUGAAAUAGCGCGAUUCUGACUAAAAGAUUUAAACUAUGUAUGAUCUCAAUAUGUAUACAUAAGCCUAUUUUUCUGAAAUUUUUUGUUUUAACUUAAAAAGAAAUUUGAGGCUUGACAUGAAAUACUGACUCUUAAAAUACAUAUUUUCUAUGAAAUGUAA